AUGGAUUUCGUACAAGACUACGCCGCUCUCCUCCCCCGCCUCCUCCCUCCCUCUUUCGCCGACCCCGCCCUCCACAUCAUAACCACCUUUCUGGGCCUCUCCCGCACCCUCUCCACGCACCUCUCACCCCUCCUCAACAAACUCAUCACACAACCGGAUGUCGCCUCCAUCGUUGCCCUACUCUUCAUCUUCUUCAUUUCGCUCAAGAUCCUCGAUAUGAUGUACCGCGCCGUCGUCUUCUGGAUCAACCUCGCCUUCCGCCUCGCCUUCUGGGGCGGCAUCUUGGUCGUCGGUUUGUGGGUGUGGAAUCGCGGGCCAGAAGGGUUCGUGGACGAUGUGAGUGGGUUGAUCGAGUACUGGAUGGGAGAAUAUGAGAGGUAUAGUGGGGAGGUCAAGAUGUUUCAGCAGCAGAAGGAGGAUCAGAUUAGGUUUAAGGCAGGACAGCAGCAGAAGAGGAAGGGAUGGCGGUAA